CGUGUGUCUCCCGACAACGCAUAAAUCACUUGUACUAAGGCAGUGAUUCCUCAGGCCGCGCGUAUAGAAGACUGCUGCGCCAGCGGUGUCCUGAGACGUGUAUUCGAGUCCCCUGAUGUUAUUUGGAAUACAUGGACAGCUAAGUGUAUCCUGGAGGACGCGGAAACGUGAUGGCGCACAGAGAGGAAGCUGGAUGGUGUCAGCGCGCUGACAACGCGACACGCAGUCCACACGUGACGGACGCGUCUCAUCCACUCGCCGACUGGUCAAUCAUAAUGCCGUACACGAGCCGUACCGUCUCCUUCUCUCACCACUACACCGCGUCUUCUAUAAAGCAGCUCUAGUAGCUCGGGGCACCCUAUAUCACCAAUCGUCCGAUUGCAGAUGACGCAGAGUUCACCCCUUCCGACAGAGGUCCCCUUCUGUCGGCGCGGUGCAGCCCUCCCCGACGCCGUCGAAAGAACCGUCAAACCACGCGAUAAGACAGACGACGUAGUGCUACUGAUGGCCUUACAGGCUACCACCGACGCAGUGCCGUGUGUACCCGCUCGUUGCAGUUGUCUUCGGUUACGGACACUGGUGAGUCUUCAUUCAUUCUCUCUUCUCCCUCGCUUGCUCCGUCGGCCAGCGCGCUCCAACAGUCAAGUGUUCCUUCCACUUCCUUUGUGUUCGUUCCGCAUAUAUGCGCUUCGAUUGCGGUGUUACUGGUAUCCCGCAAUACGACCUAGGUCAUGUAGUUUGGAUAUAUCAUCCAUCCAUCCCCUUCCUUCGACUCAUUGCCGUACGUAUAUGCAGCCGUCAUCCCAACUGGGACACAAGACUGCAGGAGCCGCACGAGCCCUGUACAUAAUGAGUCCAGGUUCAAUUGGAUGCGAACACGGGUGGAUAUGCUCGAACGCAACGAAAGGAUAUUGGGCGAUGUCGGACCGCUGACGACGCGCCGCACGAUCCGUACGUGAUGAACGCGUCCUCCAGGCUCAAGC